GAUUGUGAUUGCCUGUUCGGGGUUUCUAUCGUUGUUUGAAACCGUGUUUGUCACCGUUUUGCUUGCUAACAUACAUUUCCCUCAUCCGCCCUCAUCUCCUGCUCAGCUGUCAGCCGGCGGCAUGGCCUGUGCAACAAACCAAGCGCACCUCUCUCAGACUGCUACAGCUAGGAACAGGAAGUCAAGAAACAGGAAAAAUCUCGGAGAAAGGAAAAGUUACAUUAGCCUACAGUUUAAGAAAGAUGAGCCGAAUUUAUCACAACACGUCUUUACAAAACAAACCAGUACACAAUGAGAAAUUUGACCGCGUGUGGUCUCCAUCAGCUUAUGAAAGUGGCCAGGGGGUUCUUCUAGAAGGAAAGCUGCUGGAUGUUUCCAGGCAUGUGAUCAGUGAUGACAACAAUCAAAAGUUCCGUUUCUAUGUGCUGUACAUCCAACCCAGAAGAAUCCAUCAGAGGAAGUUUGACGCCAGCGGGAAGGAGAUUGAGCCAAACUUCAGUGACACCAAAAAGGUCAACACUGGCUUCCUCAUGUCCUCCUACAAGGUGGAAGCUAAAGGGGAGUCAGACCUCCUGUCUGAGGAGCAGCUGUCAGCGAUGGUGAACAAAGCUGAGCUGAUGAAAAUAACCGACAAGCACCGACCCAAUGGGACCUGGGCCUUCUGGUACCCAGAGUCAGAGAUGGACAAAACAGAGCUGGAAACAGGCCAGGAUGUCCGUCUGAAGACCAGAGGAAACAGUCCUUUCAUAUUCUCAUUGGCCAAAGUGGACGGUGGCACGGUGACCAAGUGCAACUUUGCUGGAGAUGAAAAUGCUGGAGCAUCGUGGACGGACAAGAUCAUGGCCAACAAAACAGAUGCAGUCAGCGGUCAGAAGGCCGGAGAAGGAGAGGGAGCAGAGGAGGAUGAAUGGGAUGAUUGAGGAAACCCUCUCUCCCAUCAGCCUGAUCUUUUGUUGCUGGCCCUGGUUCAGCUGGACAGAAUGGACAUUUUACUGGGGUACUUGUCCUCUUCCAGUGCAGCCUUGGGACUGGAAAGCUUGUGUCACUUCUACGAUAUGGGAGGUAGCUCCACAGGGUUUAUCUGGCUGUUAGCUGCACAGACUUUGAAACAUUACCUUUGUAUACUUUGGAUUUAAUCCCAACAUUUAUAUGACUGGAACUUGAACUCUUUUUUAAAUUUUCCUGCCUGUUUCUGUCCAAAUGUAUUCCAGUACAUGUUUUUUUUCUGCAUAGCCUGGUAUUAAUAACAGUCCCAAAUGUCUUGUUUUCAGCACCCCUGUUGGUCCUUCCACAAUGUAAAUAAAGUCCUGUCUGGAGAGACAGUU